GCGGGAACCCGCAGAAAUGGGAAUCUCGCGAGACGCUUUCCCGCCUCCCCUUCCUCUGGACGGGACAGGAUCUUUCGAGAUCUCUCUCUCUCUUUCUCUCCCCGGCUGCCUCUUGUAGCGCCCGCCCUCCCUUCCCCCUCCUCGCGAGGAGGCAGCCACAGCCGCGCGCGCCGCUGCCGCCGCCACUCAUUUAAAACUGCCUGAGCGGCCGCUCUGUGAAGCGAACCGAGAGGCUGAGGAGGAAGACGGGACCUGUCCCUGGCCUGCCUAGCCGGCCCUCGCGGCGAGCUUCCUCCCUUCCCUCGGGGGCCCCUCAGGCCGCCUCGCUGCGUCUCCGCCUUCGCCGCCUUCGCCCCCCUCAGGCUCAGCAUGUCGGUGGUGGGCAUCGACGUGGGCUUCCAGAGCUGCUAUGUGGCCGUGGCCCGAGCGGGAGGCAUCGAGACCAUCGCCAACGAGUACAGCGACCGCUGCACCCCGUCAUGUAUCUCCUUUGGACCCAAGAAUCGUUCAAUUGGAGCUGCAGCUAAAAGCCAAGUAAUUUCAAAUGCAAAGAAUACUGUACAAGGUUUUAAAAGAUUUCAUGGCCGUGCAUUUUCGGAUCCCUUUGUUCAAGAUGAAAAAGCAAAGCUUGCUUAUGAACUUGUCCAGCUUCCCUCACACUCAGCUGGCAUCAAGGUUAUGUAUAUGGAAGAAGAACGAAAUUUCACCAUAGAGCAGAUGACAGGAAUGCUGCUCACUAAACUAAAAGAAACUGCAGAGAACGCGCUUAAGAAACCUGUAGUUGACUGUGUUGUAUCUGUUCCUUGUUUCUAUACAGAUGCAGAGCGGAGAUCUGUGAUGGAUGCUACACAAAUUGCUGGACUCAACUGCUUGCGAUUAAUUAAUGAAACUACAGCAGUUGCUCUGGCAUAUGGGAUCUAUAAACAAGAUCUGCCUUCAUUAGAAGAGAAGCCAAGAAACGUCGUGUUUGUUGACAUAGGCCAUUCGGCAUAUCAAGUUUCAGUAUGUGCAUUCAACAAGGGAAAAUUAAAGGUUCUUGCAACAGCAUUUGACACAGUACUUGGUGGCAGGAAAUUUGAUGAAGUAUUAGUAAAUUAUUUUUGUGAAGAAUUUGGGAAGAAAUAUAAACUAGACAUAAAGUCCAAAAUUCGUCCACUGUUGAGAUUAUCUCAGGAAUGUGAGAAACUGAAGAAGUUGAUGAGUGCAAAUGCUUCUGAUCUGCCACUGAACAUAGAAUGCUUCAUGAAUGAUAUUGAUGUCUCUGGAACUAUGAACAGGAGCAAAUUCUUAGAGAUGUGUGAUGACCUCUUGGCUAGAGUUGAACCACCACUUCGCAGUGUUUUGGAGCAAGCUAAGUUAAAGAAGGAGGAUAUCUAUGCAGUAGAAAUAGUAGGAGGAUCUACAAGAAUACCUGCUAUAAAAGAGCGUGUCAGUAAAUUUUUUGGUAAAGAGGUCAGUACAACUCUGAAUGCUGAUGAAGCUGUCACCCGAGGCGCUGCCCUGCAGUGUGCUAUUCUAUCCCCAGCUUUUAAAGUGAGAGAGUUUUCUAUCACAGAUUUAGUGCCAUAUCCUAUUUCUUUGAAAUGGAAUUCCCCAGCAGAAGAAGGAUUAAGUGAUUGUGAAGUCUUCCCAAAGAAUCAUGCUGCACCAUUUUCCAAGGUCUUGACAUUCUACAGAAAAGAACCUUUCACGCUGGAAGCUUACUAUAGUUGUCCUAAGGAAUUGCCUUACCCAAAUCCUGCCAUAGCUCAAUUUUUAGUUCAGAAGGUAAUUCCCCAAAAAGAUGGAACCAGUUCAAAAGUUAAAGUUAAAGUCCGAGUAAACAUCCAUGGCAUUUUCAGUGUUUCAAGUGCAUCACUUGUAGAAGUUCAUAAAUCUGAAGAAAGUGAAGAGCCUAUGGAAACAGAUCAGCAUGCAAAAGAGGAAGAGAAGAUGCAAGUAGACCAGGAAGAACAACAGAAGGAGCAACAGAAGACUGAGGAACACCAGCAACAAGCACAAGCUGAAAACAAGACUGAGGCUGAAGAAAUGGAGACAACUCAAACUGGAUCAAAAGAGAAGAAAACAGAUCAACCUCCUCAGGCUAAGAAAGCUAAAGUAAAGACUACGACUGUUGACCUUCCUAUUGAGAAUCAGUUGGUGUGGCAGAUAGGAAAGGAUAUGUUGAACUUAUUUAUUGAGAAUGAGGGCAAAAUGAUCAUGCAAGAUAAACUGGAGAAGGAACGUAAUGACGCCAAGAAUGCUGUAGAGGAAUACGUUUAUGAAAUGAGAGACAAACUCUGUGGCGUGUAUGAGAAAUUUGUUAGUGAAGAGGAUCGUAAUAGUUUCACUCUCAAGUUGGAAGACACAGAAAACUGGCUAUAUGAAGAGGGUGAAGACCAGUCAAAACAGGUUUACAUUGAUAAAUUGACAGAAUUGAAAGCUGUGGGACAGCCUAUUCAGGCACGAUUUCAAGAAUCUGAAGAAAGACCAAAAGCCUUUGAAGAACUUGGAAAACAAAUCCAACUCUACAUGAAAGCUGUUCUUGCUUUUAAAGCAAAGGAUGAACAGUACGACCACUUAGAUCCUGCAGAAGUGGCCAAAGUGGAGAAGAGUGCAAAUGAUGCAAUGGAAUGGAUGAACAACAAACUCAAUCUUCAGAACAAGCGAAGCCUGUCUUUGGACCCUGUUAUCACAGCUAAGGAAAUUGAAGCAAAAACAAAAGAACUGAUCAGCAUGUGUAAUCCUAUAAUCAACAAACCUAAACCCAAGGUGGAACUUCCAAAAGAGGAUCAAAAGCCAGCAGAACAGAAUGGUCCAGUAGAAGGCCAGGGGGAUGGCUUUGGAGCGUCUCAGACUACAGAACAGAGUACUGAUUCAACAGCCCAAACAUCUACAGAAAAGAAACUUCCUGAAAUGGACAUUGAUUGAAUCCCAGUUCCUUGUUUAUAUUAGAAACUACAAUAAAGCUUUAAGUUUGUCAACUUUAUUAUGUUCUGAGUAUAAACGGGGAGCCAAGUGAGAGCUGCAGCUUCUCACACUAACUCUUUUUAGAUCAGAUUGGUCAGUAUAAAGCAUCUUGACUCUUGGGUAGCUUAAUUAAACGGUCAGAUAGGUUCUUUUGCCAUGACUUUAAAAGCCCACCAGUAACCACUUAGAUUUGCAAAAACAGUCACAGGUGAUCAUUUUAAAAGCGUGAGGAUAACAGGAAGAUAAUUUUGUUCUAAUCUGCCACUAGGUUUCUAUUGUGAAUUGCAGCAGCUGCAUUUAUAAGUAUUGAUAGACAAGUUCCAGAAGUGUUUGCAGUUCUGGUUUUAUUGCACAAGAGUAAUAUAGCAAAAUACAAGUUUGUGAUCUGUCUACAAUUACAGAGGCAAUAAUGGCAUGUUUCCUAGCUGGAAGUAUAAUUCAUUUCACAUUGUGCCAUUGAUAAGUUAUGUGAGGUAUAUGGCGCCAUGGAUCAGAUUACAUGUUUGUGCUAAAUUCAAAGAAUUGAAAAGGCUGGAGUGUUUUUUCCAGUUCAUGUCCGCACUCCAUUAUUGAUGUCCUGGGCAUUGUAUCAGAUUGUUUAUCUGAUAUGCAGAGUAGCAAAUAUAUACCUAAACCUGCUAUUAGAUAUGCAAAAAUGUAUACUCAUGGUAAAGUCGCCCCAGCUAUAUGAAAUGCUGUAUAAAUUUCUGUCUCUAGUUGAAGUAGUUGCUUAUGUGGGGGGCGGGGGAGAGGAUACUGCUUGCUGUCCACACUUCUGGAUAAUUCUGAUUGUUAACCCUGAAGAGGAUAUUUGCUUCCUUCAUUUUGGAAGUGCUUAGCUUUAUCUUCUGGGCAAAACAAGAAGUCUGACAGUUUCUCUCAUGUGCUCCUCUACACUUUGGCUGUUUUGCUUCUAGUAUUGAUAAUUGUCAUAUAAACUUGUAUGUGUUGAAAUAGGAAUGGAUACAUCCAUACACAUUGCAAGAAAUAAAUGCACUGGAUUGUACUGGAUUUUUAAAAACCCAUUUAUUGGUGAAAGACACAGGUUGGAUUCAGCAAUCUGCCAACAAAAGGGGGUGAGCGGAAGCCCACUUUUCUGUUCCCCUGAAGUUCGGAGAAUCCUGAUAAGUGGUGUAGGGGGGGUAUUGCAGAAAAGUGAGCAGGUGCAGGGUCCUUUGGUCCUCUAGGAGGGGGAGAUAAUUUUGGUAAGCUGUAGGGACUGGCAACAGGAGGCAGGGGAAGAAAUGUCAGCUUCUGCUUGCCUCCCUCUAUUGCCAAAUCUCUCUUUUUUUUUUUAAUCUCAAGAAAUCUAUGAGUUGAGUCCAGUCUUUUUGCAAAUAGCUUCUUGUAAAGCAAGAAAACACUACCACACAACUGAGGUGGAUUGUUUUAAGAAAGUAACGUUCUUUCAUCAGUUAAGUCAUACCUUAAAAUUACACAUGGAUCAAACAAUCAGUUCCGUUAGUUUAGACUAAACUGGUACUCUGCUACAGCAAAGUAUUGUGUGCUAGUAUCAGAGUGGUUCUUUAACAUGCAGAAGUCCAUUUUUUACCUCUGGAAAUAUCCAACUUUUAGUUAAAACAAAAAUCAUUGAUUAUGGGCUUAGAGAAGACUCCAGAGAUCACCUUGAGUCUAAAUGACAACUCAGAAUAUUAUUGCUGUUUUUUUCUACCUGUUCAUCAACUGCUGCCUGUAAAAUUGACUGGGCAACCCUUCUACUGAAAUAAAAGCUUUAGGUCUAUGAUG